UUUGCUGUAUCGGCGCCUUCCUUUCCUGGGCGGCCGUAGACACUGAUUCCGCCGACGAGGGAAGACAAAGUCAAGACCAUGCUGGGACUGUCGCUUUUGCUGGGCUGCAGCACCGGUUGGCUCCUGUACUAUUGGGCGCACGUCCCCAAGCGCCCACUCCUGGUGGCUUGUCAGCCUUUCCGGUCCUUCUUGGAGAAGUAUUGUCCCAUUGUGAAGGAGACAUUCUACCCUACACCAUGGUGCUUUGAAGGUCGACUUCAGACCAUUGUCCGUGCCUUUAUCAAAUCCUGCCCAUUUGUCUCCUACCACAGUGAAUUGCUGCAAACCGCAGAUGGAGGGCAGCUGUUCUUGGAUUGGGCUGAUCCUGAUGAUGGGACCCAACCUGACCCAGAAAAUUGCCCCAUUGUCCUGUUUUUGCCAGGCUUGACAGGCAACAGCCAAGAAACAUACAUUCUACAUUUGGUAUGCAACACUCAGAGCCACGGCUACAGGGCUGUUGUGUUUAAUAAUCGAGGAUGCAGAGGAGAAGAGCUGCUGACGCACCGGUCUUUCUGUGCCUCCAAUACUGAGGACUUGGAACUGGUAGUGGACCACAUCAAGCGUCGGUUCCCUUGUGCACCACUGAUGGCAGUUGGCAUUUCUCUUGGCGGAAUCCUGGUGCUCAACUAUCUGGGGCAAAAGGGACAGGAGGCUGGACUGGUGGCUGCCAUGACUUUCUCAGUGACUUGGGACUCAUUUGAGACAACCCGUUCCCUUGAGCGGCCUCUCAACCAAUUCCUCUUCAACCAGUACCUCACAACCAACCUGUGCAACUUGGUCAAACGGCAUAGAAAGGUCACUGAAGGAAGAUUGGAUGUGGACCAUGUGCUGAAGGCUCGCUGCAUCCGGGAGUUUGAUGAGCGCUAUACAUCUGUGAUCUUUGGUUACAAGUCAUGCCAGGAGUAUUACCGGGAAGCCAGUCCCUCCCAGAAGGUGCAUCAGCUGCAAGUGCCGGUGUUGUGCCUGAAUGCUUCAGAUGACCCCUUCUCUCCUCAACAUGCUAUCCCCACAGAGACAGCACAGCACGUUCCCACCCUCGCCCUCUUAGUGACUGCACGAGGCGGCCAUAUUGGCUUCCUAGAAGGGCUCCUACCUCGCCAUCAGAGUUACAUGGACCGUGUCUUUAGUCAGUUUAUGGAUGCUGUUUUCAAACAUCAGGAGGAGCUGGCAGCUGUAACAGUAGCCAUGGGAAGCCAACAACUUGGACAGAACUUAAAUACAACGUUGAUCAGCACAUGAUCAAGACUCAAGACGUCCACCAUACAGAAGGGUGAAUAUGACCUCCCUUAGAGAGAUAAACCCCCUCAGGCAAAACCAGUUGGGCCACCAUGCACAACAUCCUUUCUGUCCUCCUAGGGUACCUAUUUCCUUUCCCAAAGGACUCCUAGCCAGAAUCUGCUGCUAUGAAUGGCAACUACAGAUGAAGAUGCUGUAAUAAUGAUCAGCAAAAUCCAGGAUUGUUUUCCUAGCAUUUUGGCAUAUGGCUGUUUGUUCUAUAUAUAAAGAGGACACCAACUGUU